AUGGCACCAGGUGCCGUCCUUGUCAAAUCAUUUGUACGUAAACGCAAAGUUGCCCGGCUACAAUCACACAUGUCUUUGGCAAUCAUGACUAUUCUGGUAGAGGACAUACUGCGGUAA